CACUGUGUUAGUAGUGAAUAUCGAACACAAAGCUUUGAAUGAAGAUGUUGAUAUAUUAGAUUAGAGUUAGGCUUUUAUCAAUUCGAUUCCACGGAUGAUAAACGCACCUUUCGCUCACUUUGUGUAUGUGAGCUCCUAUAUAUGAUAUAAAUGGAUUAGAGGAAUAGACAUAUAUACACCCUAACUUGACAGUGUACGCUUGUUAUCUGCAAAGGGAGGACAUCUUAACCAUUCAUUUGGACACAUGCACUAACAAUGCGCCUGUAUCAGAAGUGGACGGCGAAUGUCGUUAUUUUAAUCUGCAUUUGUGCGUCCAUCUGGUACAUAUUGGAUCAACAUUCAAGUGAAAAUGCCCCCUACAGGAGAGCCCAAAUCCCCACUUCUUUACAAUAUACACCAUCGUCUGAGAUCUCACAUACGUCACAACGAAAAUCUCCCGCAAAGAACGUCGUUUUUCUCAAAGUUCACAAAGUCGGGGGAUCUACUUUGAUGAACAUGUUUUAUCGAUAUGCUUAUUCUAAAAACCUCAAUCUUGUUGUCCCCAUCGAUACCAAGGACGCUCGCUGGAACUACCUCGGCUUCAAUACCACUCUACAUACUAAAAAUAUAGUUCCCCUUCCGCGCGGUGAAGAGUAUAACAUAUUAUGUAAUCAUGUGCUUUAUGACAAAGUGGCAUUUUCUAAAAUCAUGCCAAAAGAUUCUGUGUAUGUUACCAUUCUUCGAAACCCUGCUGAACAAUUUGUUUCUGCAGCAAUGUAUUACAACUUUCUGACAUCAUUAGAAAUCAAAACAAGAAAACAUAUCGGUAAACAGCCGAUUCCCGAAAUCUUCCACGAGUAUUUUCUUCAUAACGAUAAAUAUGAUGAGGUAGAUACCUUCCACGUAAGAAAUAAAAUGUCACACGAUCUCGGACUUCCUAUGCAUCGCUUUGAUGACAAGGUGUUCAUACAUGCUUUUAUACGAAAUUUGACCAUUGAUUAUGACCUUGUAAUGUUAAUGGAAUAUUUUACGGAAUCAGUUAUCUUAAUGCGACGUCAUUUGUCCUGGGUGUUAGAGGACGUUGUCUUUAUUCCACUAAACGUUAACCUCGAAAAGAAGAAGAAAGAUUCUUUGUUAUAUAAUGACGACAUAAACUUCCUCUCAAAAUGGAACUAUGCAGAUUUUCAACUUUACAAACAUUUUGAACAAAUAUAUAUGAUGCAGGUUGAAGCGGAAGGACCUUCGCUGCAACAGGAAGUGACGUAUUUCGAGAAACUAUUAAAACAGAUCGGUCAGUUUUGCAAUAGUGGCAAUGAAAUAAUGACAGUGACCGAAUCAAAAUGGUCAAAGGCUUUUAGUGUAUCUAAAGAACAAUGCACAAUGAUGACGUCAGACGCUUUGCCGGUGAUAAAAACAGCUAUACGAAAGUCACGAAAACGUUUUAACUCAUGGGCAAGUUCGAAUGGAAUCAAAGUUUUGCCUUGAAAAGGAUUUUUGUUGAAAUAUAUUAAGUUGAAAUUUGUGAAUUAGUGAUUUUGAAAAAUUUGUUUUGCAAGGCAUCAUUAUUUACAUGUUUGUAAAAUAUACAGGGUACUACCACGAUAUAAGUUUUUUUAAUAUAGAGGUGGAUUUAGUUUUGGGGAAAAUAAAAAAAACUUGGAUGAAUUUU